AUGGCUGCAGUUGAUCUUUCAGGAAAGGUUGUAUGUGUGACUGGAGGAAGCAGAGGGCUUGGGCUCGAGAUCACAAAGGAACUCCUGAAGCGAGGAGCGCAUGUGCAUGCUAUAGGAAGGUCUGCACAGCCAUACUUCCAUCCAAAUCUCAGCUACCAUCAGAUGGAUCUGCUACUCCAAAAGCCUGACCUCGGCACUCCAUUCGAUAUUGUGAUCUCAAACCUUGGCACAAGUGUUGGCAACAAAAGAUUCUGCGAUAUGGAGUACCAGGAGAUCACAGACAUGCUACACAUGAAUGUGGAGCUGCAGUUAUGGCUGCUGAAAAACAUCCCGCACACAAAGUUUGUGUUUGUCAAUUCAGUGCUGUCCCAGCAAGGCCUACCUGAAUAUUCCAUGUACUGCGCAUCAAAGGCAUUCAUCCACACACUCAAUCAGUCGCUACGACGAGAAGGUAGAGAUACAGUCAUCAUAUACCCAUACAAGAUAAACACAACGCUGUUCAACGAAAUAAGAGACGUGUGGGCACUCGAUGCAAAGGCAGUCGCAACCAGGGUUGUAAAUGACAUCGAAAACGGAACAAGGGAAGACUUCAUGCCGUGGAUAUUCGGCCCCAUCAGCCACAUCUUUCGAAUCAUGCCUCUCUCUGUCCAAGACCUUCUCGCAAGGAUCAUAAAGUCUUUAUUCUAUCCACAGAUAAAAAGAAAACAAGUAUAA